AUGGCAGCCAUCGUAACAGGGCUCAUCCCAAUCCUCCGCACGGCAGUGGACACCACAACCACCUACAAGUGCCGCUCGCUGUGGUUUGGCUUCCUCUGCAUGCGCCUGGUGGUUCUGUUCGUGGCCGAGAUGCCCUGGUUCAAGCUGGACGCGGACUUCAGCUGUAACACCACCCAGGACUUGUGCACCCGAGGCUGCUUCAAUCAACACUUUGACAAGCCUGUCAUGGUGGCCUGGAACUUCUUCUUCAUCCUCCUCGUCAUGUCUGUCCUCCUCAUGGAGCUCUUUGCCUCCCACCUCCGCUCUGCUGCCCAGAAGAGGAGUUCCCGGCAGAGGAAAACUACCGGGGAGUUGGAGGCCCAGGGGAAGAGUGUCAGUGUGGCUGAAUCUGAACCCCCAGAGAAGAUGGUGAUUGAUCUCCACAAAGACAGGGGCACUGUAGGCUUCUACCUGCUCAGCACCGUGCUGCGUAUUAUGGUGGAGGUCUGGUUUGUCUAUGUGCUUCUGUCCUGGAACCUACCUAAAGUAGAUGAAGGACCAUUCAAGUGUAAGUCAGCUAUCUGCCCAGAGAUACAUAUUUGCUUGGUGAGGGCGGCACCAGAGAAACGUAUGUCUAUCUAUGCUUUAGCCUCUGUUUCAGGCUUGGUCAUUGUAACUUCCGUCUAUUUCUGUUUGUACUCUAUUUUCCACUACCUCUGUAAAUUUUGA